UCUUCACAUUACCACACGUGUGUGCUCUUUGAUUGAAAAUGCCGAAGUUAAGAAAGCAACGUCGAAGAAAAGUAUACAAUCACAACAGGAAUCGUAAACGUCUGCGAAAUAAACAAUUCAGUGAAGGAAACAUUAACUGCAAGGAAAUUAAAUCAGCAUGGGACUCAAAGAAAUCACUUCAAACAAACCUCAAGGAAAUGGGAAUAUGCUAUGACCCCAAUGAUACAUUUAAAAUCACAGUAACAAGGAAAGAAAAACUUGCCAAAGCUAAAGCUCUAGCUACAUCUAAGGAUGAAUCAGCAGAUAGUGAUCAUGAUGAGUGGGAUGUGGAAGAUCUUUCCCAGUCAGCAACAAAGACACCAAUUGAGUCAAAGAAACAUGUCUUGGAGGCACUCAUAGAUGAUGCAAAUGCACCCAGAGCAAAGAUGUUCAGACUCCCAAAAGGACAAGUAGACUUCAUCACUUACAUGCUGACUAAACAUGGCUUAGACUUCAAAGCAAUGGCCAAGGACAAGAAAAACUACAACCAAGAGACAUGGAAACAACUUAGGGGUAAAGUAAGAAGAUUCCAGUGCAUUCCUGAACAAUAUGAGAAGUUUCUAGCAACAGCCAGCAAAGAUACAAUUCAAAAACUUCAAAAUGAAAUUCAAAUGGAAGAUGAUGAUUGAUAACAUAAUCAACUUAUGUUAAUACUUCUUUAUUACUUAGUUAAUAAAAUUAUUAUAUUAUAAUAAAUAUAAUUCUUUGUAUAUACUUUGUUUUAAAAUUCUAAACUUUGAAGUUAAUAAAUUAUGUUAAGGCUC